AUGGCAUUGUCUUUGAUAAACACCGUCGGAAUUGUCGCAAGCGCAACAAUCACUUCCGGUGCAAUGGAUGAUGCUGACAAAAUGCAGACCACACAAACAGAUAAUGCUUUUACUGAUGUGGUUUGGAAAUCUGUAUCUUUAACCCAUGUAGAAUAUCCAAAAGGUGACUUUGUAGGAUGUAUUCUAGCUUGGUGCAGCCUUUUACCCAUUUUUACCAUUGUUGGAUUUAUCACAUUGAUUUUAUUUAGAAGAGAUUUACAUACUAUUUCUUAUUUUACCGGUCUUCUGCUGAAUGAAGCAUGUAACUGGAUUCUUAAGCACAUGAUCAGAGAGCAUAGGCCCCUUAGAGAUCGAGCUGUACUCUUCACAGAGUAUGGGAUGCCAUCCAGUCAUGCCCAGUUUGCAUGGUUUUUCUCAACUUACAUGGUGUUCUUCUUAUUUAUACGAGUUUAUAGAAAUCACAGCUUGAUGGAUGAUUUAUGGAAAUAUCUAGUCAGUAUUGUAUGCUUCACAUUAUCCUCAGCAGUUCUAUAUAGUAGAGUGUACCUAGGCUAUCACACAUUUGGACAGGUUUCCUGUGGGGCGCUGCUAGGAAUUUUCCUGGGAGCUUUGUGGUUUGCUGUAGUACAAUUAAUAUUAACACCCUGUUUUCCACAUUUAGCCUCUCAUCCUGUUGGAGAAUUUUUAAUGCUAAGAGAUUCAACGUUAAUUCCACAUGUUAUGUGGUUUGAAUAUACAUCAUCCAGAUCGGAAGCCAGGAAUAGACAAAGGAAAGUAACUGGCCGUAAAUCUCAGUGAUGGUGGUGGCUAGUAACUGGUCUGGUUGUGGAUCUUCUGACAGCAAGAGUGUCUCCCUCCAACUCAAAAGUAUCUGGUUGGCUGAAUAUGAGCCUAUCAGGAAUUUUCCAUGAUUCCUUGUGUUGGGAAUCUCCCAUGGGUCUUUUAAAUAUUAGAUCAAAGAGUGUCCUGUGUAAUUUCAGUGUAGGUUUCAGAACUUGGAAAUGAAGGAGAGAGAUGUCUUCAUAAUCUUAAUGGAUUGCUAAAAACAAGUUUGUAACAAAUAAAAAAAAAAGCAGGAGGGCGAGAUACAGUGGGAUGGAUCUAACAUUGUGCUGAACUCAAAUCAUUUUUAUAUUUAUGAGAGAUAAUGAAAUAGGUAGGGGUGUACAAGACAGUGUUGUAAUGUUAGUACAUGUACAUGUAUUGGCUUGUAUUUUAAUUAGCUAUACUAAAUAAAGUCAAGUAAAGGUUGGCAUUUUUAUGUCUUAAGUAAUUAAAUCAAAAUUGUUUAAAUUGUUAUUACCACAAUUGUAUUUUAAUGUAUAUUUUUAUCUAGGAAAUCUAUUAAUUGCAUUAAAUAGUGUCAAACAUUUAAUACCUUAGAGAAGGAUGUCCUUGUAAUUUUGUUGUUUGUGAUUAAUGUCAUUGUUACAGAGGAAUAUAUGGGUAAAUAUAUGCAUGUUUGGUACUGAAGUAGGACUAAUUUAAAAUUCUUUAGAAAUAUAGACAAAUAUGAAGCAAUGUAUAUGAAUUAAAAAACUUGAGUCUAUUUUUCAAUGUUAUACGAGAAGAGUUUAUGCGAUAGUAAGGUGUCUGUCAUCUGUCUGUUCAUCUGUUAAUUUGUCUGUAAACAAUUUUCAAAAUGCUUAUACUCUUUCUACAGUUUUGGUCCAAUUUCAGUAUAACAUGGUACACAACUAGACAACAGUAAGAUACAUAAUUCUGUGUAUCAGUUUUUGAUUUCCAUGUACAGUGUUGCCAUGGUUCCUAAAAAAUGGUAAUUUCUGUGAAAUUUUUUCAAAACACUACCGGUACUUCCUACGGUUUUAGUCCAUUUUCAAAAUAAAUAGGUACACAAUUAGAGUACACUAAGAUACAUUAUUCUAUUAAUCUUUUUUUUUUUUUAUUUUGAUAAAUGGUAUUGCCAUGGUUACUAAAAAUAGAAAUUUCUGUAAAAUUCUUCAGUCUUGGUCAGAUUUUAAUAUAACUCGAUACACUACACUAAGAUACAUAAUUCUCUAUCAGUUUUUGAUUUUGCAGAACAGAGUUGCCAUUAGUGAUGGGACAUCAGUUAAUUUUUAUAAUCAAUCAUCGGUUGGAAUCGGUUACUGCUUCUGAUGCAAUUUUAUCGAUUAUAUUCGGAUUUCAUAGUUUUGUAUAUAAAAAGCAGACUAUUACAAGUAUUUCAUAUUAUUUCUUUAACAUGAAUAUAUAAAAUAUAUAAUAUAUUGUUUUCUUUGUUGUUUUCCUUCUUUUUCACUUUCUAUAUAUGCACCUUUUGUUUCUUAAUCACCUUUGUUUUGUGUCAGUUGGCUUUGUAACACAUAAGUAUGGCGAAUGUUGACACCAGAUGCCAUUUUCUUUCAUUACAAAGAAAUAAAUUUUAAACCGGGAAUGGAAAAUUCCAGAAUGCAUUUUAUAUGAAGUACAUUUCCGAUGAUCGAUUAUGAAAAAUAAUAAUCGAUCAUCGGAAUCGGAAGCAUUUUUUCAUUGACAAUCAAUGUUCUCUGAUUAUCGGUACAAUACUAGUUGCCAUGGUUUCUAAAAAUAGAAAUUUCUAUGAAAUUCUUCUAAUUUUCCUAUAUUCUUGAUCUGAUUUCAAUAAAACUUGUACACAAGUAGACUUCAAAAGACACAUAAUCCUGUAUAUUGGUUUUUGAUUUUAAUAAACAGUGUUGUCAUGGUAACUUAAAAAGAAAUUUUGAUGAAUUCUUUCAAAAGGCUACUCCUACUACAGUUUUUGUCCAGUUGCAAUUAAACUUGACACAAAAAAGACAAACCAAAAAUCAUUAUUUAUUUAUUGCUGUUGUCAUACUUUCAAAUGCUCGUUUUCUCUGCCUUUGUUAAGAAAAGACCAGUAGAGCUACGGUCUCAUCAGAGAUUUCUGGAUUCAGAAACUAAAUGAAAUUGUCUUAUUUAUAGAGUUGAAGGUAUCCUGCAGUUAAAAUGUAACACUGCCAUGAUGUUUUGGGUAUUUAGAAACUUAUCCAUAAGUACUUGUUAUGUACAAUUACUUUUUUUCCCCUUUGCAAUGUAAGGGAAAGGAAAAAACCUUUGAUUAGCUAUUUGUCAUAUUCCUACUCCAGCUAUUUACAAUGGGCUGAUUUUUCACUUGUUAUUUACUCACCAUUAUUUUUCACCUUGAUGGUGCUGCUGAAAUUACAUUUAACUUUAUCAUUAGACACAGUAUUCAUUGUCAUUGAGAAUUGUAUUAAAGAAGGUAUAUUUACAUCUAUAUUUUUUGAUACUUAAAUUUAAUUUUUUUGUGCAGGUCUCAUUUGUUAAGUUUAUGAGAAGAAAAUUUUUCUUCAUGAAAAAUCAAGCAAUGUGCAGGUAGUAUUUUCUAGAAUAUUGCAUAUGGCACCAUUUAUACCAAACUAACCAAAGUAUCCGAAAUAGGAGAAAUAUAUUGUAAAAUGUACUGUAAAAUUACAAACACUUACUGGUGAAUGCAAUACAUAUAAAAUGCAAUAUUAACAGAAUAUGGAAGUUGCUGUUCCAUAAUAUUUUAUUUUACAACACUCAUUUCAAAUGCAUUUUUUCACUUGAUGACUUGAGGCAGUUAUCCUCUGAAAUAAAUAAUUUUGCCCUAGAAUAGACAUGGAAUGGGUUAUUCGAUUUACUAAAUGGUAAUGUUUAUUAUGAAUUUUUAUGCAUGUUGUAAUGUACACAUUUGAUGUAAUUUGUAUGGAUUUUCAUGUUUGAAAAAGAGGUGUUAUUUUGAAGAAUUCUGUGGUAGAAACAUGGUUGUCUUUACUUGUAUUUAAAUAGGGUUUACAAUUUUUUUUUAAAAACUUCUUGUUCAUUAUUUAUUAAUGUAAAAUAAAACCAGUAACACCAA